ACUGCUGUGUGUAGGCUGCCUCUGCCGCUGUCGAUAAUAAUGUGUGCAGUGAGGCGUCGGGUGGCGCGGGAAGGCAGGCGUCGCCAGUAGGGGUGUGGUGAAGCCGGCAGCCUAUCACAGAGCAGCAUCCGUGAGCCAAUGAGAGUGAGCGCCUGGAGGGGGGAGUGGGAAGUGGUUGUCGGCAUGAGAGCGGUGUUCAGUGCGAGAUGAGCUCUUGGUAAGAUGAUGCCUCUGGCUCCUACGCCGGUUGUCGCGGUGCCAUCCAAGCCCAAGAUUGGAUUUUCGAUUGACUCGAUUGUCGGUUCGCGAGGAGGUUCGCCGAGUCGCAGCGAUGGAGAGCAGAGUGCCGCCUCCGACAGUCCGAUCGGCAGUCAGCGGUCGCGGUCACCCAGCCUGUCACCGCCCCCGACCGUGGUGCGGCCGUCGGCACUGCCGCCACCAGGUGCGUUCGCCAAGUACCUGCACCAUCCGCCGCCCCCAGGCCUCGUGCACCACGCCGAGCACCAGCAUCACCAGCUGGCACUCGCCGCCGCCGCUGCCCAGCACUUCCAGGCUGCCAACCUCGCCGCCGCCCUCAACGCUCAGGCUCAGCCGCCCCCAGGCCCACCGGCCCAACUCCUCGGCCCCCCUGGCCACCAUCCUCCACGCGACACCUACCCUCUCUACCCGUGGCUGCUCUCGCGGACUGGCCGCAUAUUUCCACACCGAUUCCCUGGAGGACCCGACAUUCCAGGUUUCCUCUUGCAGCCGUUCAGAAAACCGAAGAGGAUACGAACAGCAUUCAGUCCGAGUCAACUUUUGAAGCUGGAGCACGCUUUCGAGAAGAACCACUAUGUGGUGGGAGCCGAACGCAAGCAGCUCGCUCAGUCGCUCAGUCUCACCGAGACGCAGGUGAAAGUCUGGUUCCAAAAUCGGCGAACCAAGCAUAAGCGUAUGCAACAGGAAGAGGAGGCGAAAGCCCAACAGCAAGCGGCAUCAGCCAACAAAAACUCACACCACGUCAAUAAGUGGAAACAGGAGACGUCACAGCAGCCUGCGUCACAGCAGCGGGAACAGAGCCCCCAGAGUCAGCAAACCAGUCAUCCUCAGCCCAUGACUCUGCAGCAGAGACACUCAUCGUCCCGAGACACAGACGGAUAUUCUUCAGGAUCGGAGACGUAGCCAGAGGGUGCACUGGCUCAGGCUUUACGGCCAACGUUUUGUGAACACUUACCUGUGCUGUGAAAAACAAUCUGUACUUUGGUAGAUAGGAGACUGAUGAUGCACUCAACUUGAGGCUGUGCAUCAUCAAUGCUUUUUGAAACUUUCAAAAUAGAAUAAGUGCCAGUUGCACAACAGUCGGUUAAAUUUUAAUCGUGAUUAAUUCCAUGAGAGCCAAUCAGAGAAGCCGUCUUAUCAAGAAGGCCUUCUCUGAUUGGUUCUCGUGAAAUUAAUCACGCUUAAAAUUUGACCGGAAGUUGUGCAGCAUAGCCUAAGUCUCCCCAAAUUCCAACUUUAGGCGUUCAUAUCUUGAAAAGUAAUAAUGAUAAAUUUCUACUUCCAAUUUUUUCAAUUAACAAGUUUUUCCUGAGAAAUCUGUUCCAGGUAUCCAAAUAGUAUAGUAUCCAAAUCGAAAUACUUCGAAAAAUAUCAUCAGUAAAACGUUUCGAAAAGCAUGAUGCACAGCCUUAGGGUACGAACAGAACGGUCAGGUCGAUAUUCAACUUUCAUAGUAAGUCUUCUUGUAAAAAUGAGUACAGACUCAUGCGCCACGAACACGAGCAUUCCACUUUACAUCAGCUGAUGCUAUGCUUAUUAUAUCUGUAACUAAGGGCCGGUUUCCGAGCUCGGGAUUUAGGUGAGUUAUAGACUUUAAACAGCUGGAGGUAGAAAAUUGGCUUUCCAAAACGGGGCGUAGUCGCAGUAAAUAGUUGCAGCAAAAUAAAUCCUGAUUUUCACAUUUCUAUAAUUGGAUAGGAUUUCGUUGACGAAAUAAAACAUUUUUUGUGUAGUUGAGAAGUUAAUAUUGUG